UGGGAGGCGCUGGUGCGAGGGCAGAGCUGAGUGUCUGGAGGAGUUGCUGUUCCAGAGAAUUCAUUACACUCUAAUUGCUCUGAUUUUAGAUCAGCAGAGUGUGCCGGGCGGUGGUGGAGAACCAGAUUGAGGGCGGACAAGGCGAGAGGGAAAAAAGCAGUUCACCGUUCAGCGGACGCGGUGAAGCCCAGGCGCCUUGACAUGUUCCCUGGACGUCAUUAAGUCACCAAGGUCACUCUGCAGGUGACUCAACAGCCCUUGGUAGACGCCCAACGUUCCCGGAGACACCCAUCUCUCAUCAUUUCUUUUUGCGUGUGUGUCCUCACCGAACAUUCAAAACUGUUUCUCCAAAGGGUUUUGCAAAAACUCAGACUGUUUUCCAAAGCAGAAGCACUGGCGUCCACGGCAGAAGCGAUGGGCAGUGUGCGAACCAACCGCUACAGCAUCGUGUCUUCUGAAGAAGACGGCAUGAAGCUGGCCACCAUGGCGGUGGCCAACGGCUUUGGGAACGGGAAAAGCAAGGUCCACACUCGACAGCAGUGCAGGAGCCGCUUUGUCAAGAAGGACGGGCACUGCAAUGUCCAGUUCAUCAAUGUGGGGGAGAAGGGACAGCGGUACCUGGCAGACAUCUUCACCACGUGCGUGGACAUCCGCUGGCGAUGGAUGCUGGUCAUCUUCUGCCUGGCCUUUGUGCUCUCCUGGCUGUUUUUUGGCUGUGUCUUCUGGCUGAUCGCUCUGCUCCACGGGGAUCUGGACGCCACCAAGGACAGCAAAGCCUGUGUGUCUGAGGUGAACAGCUUCACCGCCGCCUUCCUCUUCUCCAUCGAGACCCAGACGACCAUAGGCUAUGGCUUCAGGUGUGUCACCGACGAGUGCCCCAUCGCCGUCUUCAUGGUGGUCUUCCAGUCGAUUGUGGGCUGCAUCAUCGACGCCUUCAUCAUUGGCGCCGUCAUGGCGAAGAUGGCCAAGCCCAAGAAGAGGAAUGAGACUCUGGUCUUCAGCAACAACGCUGUCAUCGCCAUGAGGGACGGCAAGCUGUGUCUCAUGUGGCGGGUGGGCAACCUCCGUAAGAGUCACCUGGUGGAGGCUCACGUGCGAGCCCAGCUCCUCAAAUCCAGAAUCACUUCCGAAGGGGAGUACAUCCCCCUGGAUCAAAUAGACAUCAACGUUGGCUUCGACAGUGGCAUUGACCGCAUAUUUCUUGUGUCCCCAAUCACAAUAGUCCACGAAAUAGAUGAAGACAGUCCUUUAUACGACCUGAGUAAACAGGACAUUGACAAUGCAGACUUCGAGAUUGUUGUGAUAUUGGAAGGCAUGGUGGAGGCCACGGCCAUGACCACACAGUGUCGUAGCUCCUACCUGGCGAAUGAAAUCCUGUGGGGUCACCGCUACGAGCCGGUGCUCUUUGAAGAGAAGCACUACUACAAAGUGGACUAUUCGAGGUUCCACAAAACUUACGAGGUGCCCAACACGCCCCUUUGUAGCGCCAGAGACUUGGCAGAAAAGAAAUAUAUCCUCUCCAACGCAAACUCAUUUUGCUACGAAAAUGAAGUUGCCCUCACAAGCAAAGAGGAGGACGACAGUGAAAAUGGACUUCCCGAAAGUACUAGUACAGACACACCCCCUGACAUUGACCUUCACAACCAGGCCAGUGUACCUCUAGAGCCCAGGCCCUUACGGCGAGAAUCAGAGAUAUGACUUGACUGACUCCUUCUCUGGAAUAUUUACUUUUAAACACAGUCUGUUGGUCAGCGGCCCAAAAGAGUUCUAGAGACGACGGUACUGGUGACGAGGUGGGUUGAGGCGAAGGGCCACAGGGAC